UCCUCUUUUGCGCGCAACCAAAGUAAAGUAGCCCCUUCAAGUUCACACUAAAACUUUCUUGAGCUGAAAAUCCAUCAAUGGCGAAAAUCUGGGUGGAGAUAUGCCUAAUAUCAGCUCGUGGGGUUCGAGGUUCGACACCCUCACUGUGGAAGCGCCAAUGGUACGCUGUCGGUUGGGUUGACCCAAACAACAAGUACUGCACAAAAAUCGAUUCUUCUGGAAACUCUAAUCCUCUUUGGAGAACCAAGUUUUCUUUUCAGGUUGAUACAGAUUCCGAAGCAUGUUUUCAAGAACUUGCACUUAGUGUUGAGGUUUAUAGCAGGGACCCCAUUUUCCUCACCGAGAAGCUUCAUGGUUCAACAACGGUUUUGCUCAAGGAGUUUCUCGCAAAGCAUGUCAAUGAGAAGAAGAAAAGUUCUGAAGAAGAAGUGGGUAGCUACCAGUUGAGAGGGAAGAAAUCGAACAAGCCCAGAGGUUUCAUUGAUGUCUCGGUUCGUGUUUCUGAGGAGAAAAAAGAGCCAAUUCCCCAUUUAGAUAAUGAUGAUGGAAUAGUGCUCCAAGAUCAUGGUAAUAAGCCACACUUGGUCACUCAUGGUGGAUUUGGGCAAGGCUAUCCACAACAACCUAUUCCUCAAUCAUUCAAUGGAUCAUAUAAACAAGAACAAACUAAUGCUCCUUAUGCACAACAAGUGCCAUUUCCUUCAAACUAUUCCAACCCAUAUGGGGUUGGACCAAGCUACACUGCAUCUGCUGGACCAAGCUAUUAUCAACCAGCUAGAGGACCUCCGCCGCCGAUGCCUCCUCCGCCUUCAAAAGUUGGCUAUGCUCCGAGUUUUUACCCGAGUAGUGAUGGAUUCGGACCUAGUUACAUUAAUAUGCCAUCUUCGUCGUCAUAUGCGGCUGCACCUAAUAGGCCGAGGGGACCUCCAGGGUUUGCAAUUGGGGCAGGUGCCGGGGCAUUAGCAGCUGGUGCUGUAAUGUUUGGUGAUGAUGCAAUGUCAAGAUUUGAUGUUUCUUCAAGCCUUGGAGAUCCUACCAUUGCCAUAGUAACUGAUCCACUUUUUUGAGUAAAAAUAAAGUUGAUUCUGUAAUUAUAUCGUGAUAUUUUGUUUUUGGUACAAUUCAAUUGAUAUUGUGCUGUAUGGCUAUGCCAUAGGAGUUGGAUUUUAUUCAUGGCUACUUCAGUUUCUUCA